AUGGAGGCGCCGGUCCGGCGACACCGCGCUCGCUACAAGGGCCCGGCCGCGCCGCCCUGGAAGGAGACCUACCGCCGGCGCUGUAUGGAGAGGCUGAGGAGCAGCCGGGCGAAGCUGCUGGACCGGUACCGCCAGGCCGGGGAGAGAGUGUGCGGCCCGGCCACGGGCGCGCUGCUGGUGCAGGAGGUGAUGGAGCAGGAGUGGCAGACGCUGCAGGCCGUGCGGGAGAGCCUGCCGGCCCUCAGGGGGACGGAGGCCCUGGCCCAGAUGCUCGAGGACCCCGAUGAGCUAGCAGUACUGGAAGAGAUCCAACAAGAAUUGAUCUUGCAAGAACAGUUGGCUAUAGAAGAGUACGAGCGAAGUUUGCAGUUUGAUGAAGAAUGUCUCAAUGCGAUGCUUGAUGGCUUGGAUGCCAGCGACAAGGUCAUCUGCCCGGUGUGUAGAAAGAAUAACCUGACUGUGAGGAAUCACUUGGUUUUUUGCCAGUGUGGAUUAUACAUCAGCACGCAGGGUAUGACUGAAGAGAAGCUUCGGUCACUUCUAGAAAACACUGUAACAGAGCACAGUCACAGGUGCUUUCACAACCCAGAGUUCACAGUUACCAGUGGAAUGGAGGAGGAAGCCAGUCUCCUCAUGAGCUGUCCGGUCUGUGACUCCUGGACGAUUCUCCUGUAAGUUGAUUCGGCUGCUGCUUUUUUAUGGGAAGGACUUCAAGACUGAAAAUCCACCCAGAGCUGCUAGUAUUUUUAUGUAUGUACUUGUAACUGCUGCGUCAAAGAUACCUGAAAAGGCAGUAGUACUGCCUUGACCUGCACUUUUAAUGGCACAGUAUGUGUUUUGAAAUAAAUAUACUUAGUU